AUGUCCCCAGAGGAGGUAGAAGCCCUCAAAAAAGAUGCGGCAGAGCAUUGCAAUUAUGUCCUCGUGGAUGAGAGCGAGGCCCUAGAGAAAUACGUCAACGAAAAACGAAUCCAGAAAGUGUAUUGGACGAAUUCAAACGGCAUUCGAUAUACAUGGGGGCCAGAUGUUAUAAACUUUGCUACCAAAUAUUCGAAACCCUGGGAAAGUCACAUGAAUGGGAAAACGAACCGAAAGUUUCUGAUACCAAACGAGAAAUUUCGCCGCCAACUUCUCAAAAAGCCAUACAGUAAAGGUUACGCCAUGAUGACUACCCACGUUAGUCACAAAACAAAAGGGGGAUGGCGACUGUCACGCUCCGAUCCUCACCAUAUACUCAACUUUCCCCCAGAACUACUUGAACUCAUUUGCCGCUUUGCGCUUGUUCUCCCCGAAGAAGCUUUGAUAACACCCCUAGUAAUCACCACAAAUUGGAAGAGACACUUUUCACAGCCACGAUUUGAAAUUUACAAUAGACACGAGAAAAACGAAGACCCUCAUGAAAUUCUACGAUUCAAUCGCAAAGAUGAUAAAGGCAAAUAUAUACAGCUGAGAUAUUUGCAGGUUCCUGCUAUCGAUGCCACCUUUAUGAGGACAUGUAAAACACUACAUCAAAUUGGCUCAUCCAUACUAUAUGGACAAAACAAGUUCAUAUUCCCUACUGAAGGACGCAAACUCGGAUGGCAACCUUCAGCUGUACCAUGCUGGUUUGGAGGAGAUAUUGGCGAACAUAGACCCUCUCCAGUGCGACCACAUGGAGAAACAUGGUGGAAAGAAGUAAAUGCUGGGAUUGCACAAAUACAACAACGUACACCGGUUACUUCCCUUCUCGGGUGGAUAUACUACGAUCCUUUCCCCAGGUUCAUCCAUACUAUUGGACCUCAAAAUGCUGCUCAUAUAAAGAGCUUAACUUUCUCCGGCGUUGCCAGAAUUCACGAUUGCUCAAUACUCAAUUGCGGACCGCGUUGUCCCCAAGAUCUCGUCCGAAGCUUGCGAUUAUAUACUCCAUUCAUACAACAGUUCUUUAAGGGUUUGCAAACACUCACAAUCUAUCCGCUACAAGACGACAAAUCCGAUGAGGGAAUUAGCCUAAUACUUGGGCGUCCAAAAUCUUUGGCAGAAGCCAUGACGAGACUUCUCGAGCGCUCGAUCAUGCGAAUUUAA